GCUCUAUGCUAAUAUCGGCUUGAGAGGCACAGCAUCGCGUUUCUGCCGGCAGUCAGUGGUGGCUUCCAGAGUCUGAGCAGGCUCCUUCACAGCCAUGGCUGAGGGCGGAGAAGGGGAAGAUGAGAUCCAGUUCUUGAGAACUGACGAUGAGGUGGUGCUCCAGUGUGUGGCCACCAUCCAGAAGGAGCAUCACAAGUUUUGUUUGGCUGCUGAGGGACUCGGCAACCGCCGCGGUUACCUGGAAGCCACAUCUGAAGCGAAGUAUGUUCCUCCAGACCUGUGUGUUUGUAGCUUCGUGUUGGAGCAGUCCCUGUCAGUGCGGGCCCUGCAGGAGAUGCUGGCUAACACUGGGCAGAACAGCGAAGGGAGUGCUGACCAUGACAAAUGGGCGGGUCAGGGGGGCGGACACCGCACCCUGCUCUAUGGUCAUGCCAUCCUCCUCCGCCACUCCUUCAGUGGUAUGUUCCUGACCUGCUUGAAGACAUCAAGGUCUCUUACAGACAAGCUGUCAUUUGAUGUCGGACUACAAGAAGAUUCAAUAGGAGAGUCCUGCUGGUGGACCAUCCACCCUGCGUCCAAGCAGAGAUCUGAAGGAGAGAAAGUCCGCAUCGGAGAUGACCUGAUCCUUGUCAGCGUGUCAACAGAGAGAUACUUGCACCUCUCUAACUCCAAUGGCAACAUCCAGGUGGAUGCCUCCUUCAUGCAGACCCUCUGGAACAUCCAGCCCACCUGCUCUGCAGGAAACAUGGCUGUAGGGUUUUUAAUUGGUGGACAUGUGAUGCGUCUUUGUCAUGGACACGAUGAGAGUUUGACCAUCCCAGGAGCAGACAAGAGUGAGAAGGAGCAGACAAUAGUCAACUAUGAGGCGGGUAAGGGAGCAUCAAAGGCCCGCUCGCUUUGGAGACUGGAGCCUCUCAGGAUCAGCUGGAGCGGUAGCCACAUCCGCUGGGGUCAGGCCUUCCGACUACGCCACCUCGCAACCGGUAAUUACCUGGCCCUGACUGAAGACCGAGGACUGGUCCUCCAGGACAGGGAGAAGUCUGACACUGCAGCCACUGCCUUCUGCUUCAGACCCUCAAAGGAGAAGGGAGACCUGGGCCCGAAGAGGGACAUCGACGGCAUGGGAGUCCCCGAGAUCAAGUACGGGGACUCGGUCUGCUUCGUCAUGCACGUCGCGACGGGGCUGUGGCUGUCCUACAUGUCGCCUGACGCCAAAUCGUCCCGCCUGGGGCCGCUGAAGAGAAGGGCCUGCCUGCAUUCUGAGGGCCACAUGGACGAUGGUCUCAUCCUGCAGCGCUGUCAACACGAGGAGUCUCGGGCUGCUCGCAUCAUCCGCAACACCACUUUACUCUUCACCAACUUCAUCAAGGCUUUGGACAGCACUGUAGAUGGUGUGUCCGCGGAGGUGGCCGGCUAUGUUGAGGAGGUGCUGCAGACUCUGAACGACCUGAUCGAGUACUUCAAACAGCCCGAUUCAGAGCUGGAGCACGAGGAGAAGCAGGUCCUUCUGCGUUCACUCAUCAAACGUCAAGACCUCUUCAAAGAGGAGGGCAUGCUGACCCUCCUGUCCAAAUGCAUCGACCGGAUGAACCUGUACGACAGCGCCGCUCACUUUGGAGAGAUGGCGGGGGAGGAGGCGGGCGCGGCGUGGAAGGACAUUCUUAACCUCCUCUAUGAACUCCUGGCCGCGCUGAUUCGAGGAAACAGGAACAACUGCACCCAGUUUUCCCGCAACUUGGACUGGUUGGUCAGCAAACUGGAGAGAAUGGAAUCUUCAUCAGGGAUCCUGGAAGUCCUCCACUGUAUCCUGGUAGAAAGUCCCGAGGCGCUGAACAUCAUCCAGCGAGGUCACAUUAAAUCCAUCAUUUCUCUGCUCUACAAGCACGGGCGCAACCACAAGAUUCUGGAUGUCCUGUGUUCCCUCUGUGUUUGUAAUGGGGUGGCGGUGAGAGCCAAUCAGAAUCUGAUCUGUGACAACCUGCUCCCCAAGAGGGACCUGCUGCUUCAGACUCGAAUAGUUAAUGAUGUUCAGAGCAUACGGCCUAACAUCUUCCUGGGCGUGGCUGACGGUUCGGCUCAGUAUAAGAAGUGGUAUUUCGAGCUGGUGAUCGACCAGGUGGACCAUUUUGUGACCGGGGAGCCGACCCACCUGAGGGUCGGCUGGGCCAACACUAAAGGCUACGCUCCGUACCCCGGAGGAGGAGAGGGGUGGGGUGGAAACGGUGUGGGAGAUGACCUGUACUCGUACAGCUUUGAUGGACUUCACCUCUGGUCAGGCCGAAUCCCAAGGGCAGUGGCCUCCAUUAACCAGCACCUGCUGAACUCAGACGACGUGGUCAGCUGCUGUCUGGAUCUGGGCGCUCCCAGCAUGUCCUUCAGGAUCAACGGGCAGCCUGUCCAGGGCAUGUUCGAGGACUUUAACACCGAUGGCUUCUUCUUCCCCGUCGUCAGCUUCUCUGCCGGCGUCAAGGUUCGUUUCCUGUUGGGUGGACGCCAUGGCGAUUUCAAGUUCCUGCCGCCCGCCGGUUACUCUCCGUGCUACGAGGCGCUGCUGCCUAAAGAGAAGAUGCAGGUGGAGCCUGUGAAGGAAUACAAGAGGGACCACGAGGGGGUCCGGGACCUGCUGGGUACCACUCAGUUCCUCUCUCAGGCGUCCUUCAUCCCCACUCCAGUAGACACCAGCCAGAUCGUUCUUCCCGCUCACCUGGACAACGUCCGGGACAAGCUGGCAGAAAACAUCCACGAACUGUGGGGGAUGAACAAGAUCGAGCUGGGCUGGACCUAUGGCAAGGUUCGAGAUGACAACAAGAGGCAGCACCCGUGCCUGGUGGAUUUCACCAAGCUGCCUGAAACCGAAAGGAAUUACAACCUGCAGAUGUCUAGUGAAACACUAAAGACCCUGCUGGCUCUUGGAUGCCAUGUCGCUCAGGUCAAUGUUAACGCUGAGGACGAUCUGAAGAAAAUCAAACUUCCCAAAGACUACAUGAUGUCUAACGGUUAUAAGCCUGCGCCACUGGACCUCUCUGAAGUGAAGCUGAAUGCUGGUCAGGAGGUUCUAGUUGAUAAACUGGCCGAGAACGCACACAACGUGUGGGCCAAAGACCGAAUCAAACAAGGAUGGACCUAUGGCAUCCAGCAGGAUUUGAAGAGCAGGCGUAAUCCUCGCCUGGUGCCGUAUGCUUUACUGGACGAGCGUACUAAGAAGUCUAACAGAGACAGUUUGAGAGAGGCCAUCAGGACUAUGGUGGGAUAUGGAUAUGACAUUGACCCCCCAGACCAGGAGGCCCCCCAUAUGUUGGAUGAUCAGAGCGUCGAGACCACCCGCCUCUUCCGUGUGGAGCAGACCUACGCACUGAAGACAGGAAAGUGGUACUUUGAGUUCGAGGCGCUGACAGGAGGUGAUAUGAGGGUUGGCUGGGCCAGGCCGGGCUGCAGGCCGGACGUGGAGCUGGGAGGAGAUGACCAGGCCUUUGUGUUCGAUGGCUACAGGGGUCGACGUAUGCACGCAGGAAGCCGCUACUUUGGACACCCCUGGAAAACGGGCGACGUGGUCGGUUGCAUGAUCAACAUGGAGGAUAAAUCCAUGAUUUUCACUCUGAACGGAGAGCUCCUGAUCACCAGCAAGGGCUCUGAGCUCUGCUUCACUGACUUUGAGACAGAGGACGGUUUCAUCCCCGUGUGCAGUCUGGGCAUGACUCAGAUCGGACGCAUGAACUUGGGCAAGGACGCCAACUCCUUUAAGUACUACACCAUGUGUGGCCUCCAGGAAGGCUUUGAGCCCUUUGCUGUCAACAUGAACAGAGAGAUCACCAUGUGGUUCAGCAAGCGCCUUCCCACUUUUGUCAUUGUACCUCAGGAUCACAUGCAUAUCGAGGUCACGAGGAUCGACGGGACGGUAGACAGCCCUCCCUGCCUCAAGGUCACACACAAGACGUUUGGCACACAGAACAGCAACAACGACAUGGUCUACUGUCGUCUGAGCAUGCCCGUGGAGUUCUACUCUGCAGACAAGUUACUGGAAGAGUCAAUGAAACGGAGCCAUCCUCCCAAAGAAGAUGGAACUGUUGACUAUGGAAGCAUCACGACUUACUACCACUCGGUGAGAGUGUUUGCUGGACAGGACCCUGCGUCAGUGUGGGUGGGCUGGGUGUCGCCUGACUACCAUUAUCACAGCAAGAACUUCGGCCUCAGCAAGACGAGGACCGUCACCGUCACCCUGGGAGACGAGAGGGGCCGAGUCCAUGAGAGUGUCCAGAGGAGUAACUGCUACAUGGUCUGUGGAGCAGACGCAGUCGGCCCGUCUUCCUCCAGCCGCUCCAACUCUGACCUUGAGAUCGGCUGCCUGAUCGACCUGGCCACCGGGCUUGUGUCUUUCACUGCCAACGGCAAGGAGCUGCCUACAACCUAUCAGGUGGAGCCAAAUACCAAACUGUUCCCUGCCGUGUUCGUCCGCCCCACCAGUGCAAACCUCUUCCAGUUUGAACUAGUCAAGAUCAAGGAUGCAAUGCCGCUCUCUUCUGCCAUAUUCAAAAGCGAGCACAGGAACCCGGUGCCGCAGUGCCCUCCUCGACUGGAUGUGCAGACCAUCGUGGCCGUGCUGUGGAGCCGGAUGCCGAACACCUUCCUCACCGUGGAGACCGCUCGGGUCAGCGAGAGACACGGCUGGGUGGUCCAGUGCCUGGAGCCGCUGCAGAUAAUGGCCGUGCACAUACCUGAGGAGAACAGGUGCCUGGACAUCCUGGAGUUAUCAGAGCAUGAAGACCUGAGGAAGUUCCACUACCACACCUUGAAGCUGUACUGCGCCCUGUGCGCGCUGGGAAACACCCGCGUGGCCCACGCCCUCUGCAGCCACCUGGACCAAUCACAGCUGCUCUACACCAUCGAUAACCAGUACCUCUCUGGGAUGCUGAGAGAGGGCUUCUACAAUGUCCUCAUCAGCAUCCAUCUCGAAACCGCAAAGGAGGCCCGUCUAAUGAUGAACAACGAGUUCAUCAUCCCCGUGACGGACGAGACUCGCUCCAUCAAGCUCUUCCCGGACGAGUCCAAGCGCCACUCGCUUCCCGGCGUGGGCCUGAGCCCCUCCCUCAAGCCCCGGGUCAACUUCUCCCCCGUCGGCAUCAUCAGCACAAAGCGCCACCAGUUCCUCUACAGUCCGCAGAUCCCCCUGGGCGUCCUGAAGGAGAAGGCCAUCAGCAUGCUCACGGAGGCCGUGCAGGGCGGAGGCAUUCACAUCCGAGACCCCGUGGGCGGAAGCGUCGAGUACCAGUUUGUCCCCAUCCUGAAGCUGAUCGGAACGCUGCUGAUCAUGGGGGUCCUCACCAGCGAGGAGGUGAGGCGGAUUCUCCUCCUGAUCGACCCCAACGUGUUCGGCGAGGCCAAGGAGGGCGAGGAGGGCAAGGGGGACGAGGCGGCGGGGGAGAAAGAGGAGGUGAGCAAGAACGAGGAGAAGGCCGUGGAGGCGGGGGAGGAGGAGACGAAGGAGGGCAAACAGCCGGUCAAAGGUCUUCUGGAGAAGUCGCUGCCCGAGUCCGUCAAACAUCAGAUGUGUGAGCUGCUGCACUACUUCUGCGACUGCGAGCUGAAGCACCGCAUCGAGUCCAUCGCGUGCUUCUCCGACAGCUUCGUGUCCAAGCUGCAGUUCAACCAGCGCUUCCGCUACAACGAGCUGAUGCUGGCGUUCAACAUGUCCGCCGCCGUCACCGCCAAGAAGACCAAAGAGUUUCGCUCCCCCCCGCACGAGCAGAUCAACAUCCUGUUGAAUUUCAGCGCCGGGGAGGACUGCCCCUGUCCCGAAGAGAUCCAGGAAGAGCUCAACUCCUUCCAUGAGGAAUUGCGACUGCACUGUGGUAUUCCCAUUGAGGAAGAGGAGGAGGAGCAGGACACUUCCAUAAAAGGGCGUCUCCUCGCCUUACUCUACAAGAUCAAGGGUCCACCUCAGAAGACAGAGGAGGAGCCCACAGAGCAGGAACAGGCUGCUCCCACCAACCUGAAGGAGCUGAUCUCUCAGACCAUCACCAGCUGGGCGCAGGAGUCUCACAUCCAGGACCCCGAGCUGGUCAGAGUGAUGUUCAGCCUGCUCAGGAGGCAGUACGAUGGCAUCGGGGAGCUUCUCCGGGCCAUGAAGAAAUCCUACACCAUCAGCGCCGCUUCUGUGCAGGAUGCUAUCAACCUGCUGGUGUCUCUGGGUCAGAUCAGAUCUCUGCUGUCAGUCCGCAUGGGGAAAGAGGAGGAGAAGCUUAUGAUUGAUGGACUCGGUGACAUCAUGAACAACAAGGUUUUCUACCAGCAUCCCAACCUGAUGAGAGUUCUGGGCAUGCAUGAGACCGUCAUGGAGGUCAUGGUCAACGUGCUGGGAGGAGAUAAAUCCCAGGAGAUCGCCUUCCCCAAGAUGGUGGCCAGCUGCUGUCGUUUCUUGUGCUACUUCUGUCGUAUCAGCCGCCAGAACCAGAAAGCCAUGUUUGACCAUCUGAGCUACCUGCUGGAGAACAGCAGCGUGGGGCUGGCCUCUGAAGCUAUGCGAGGCUCGACUCCACUGGAUGUUGCAGCGUCCUCAGUGAUGGACAACAAUGGCCUGGCUCUGGCCCUGGAGGAGCCCGAUCUGGAGAAGGUGGUGACAUACCUGGCAGGCUGUGGGCUUCAGAGCUGUGCCAUGCUGGUUGCUAAGGGUUACCCUGACCUCGGCUGGAACCCCAUAGAAGGAGAGCGCUACCUGUCCUUCCUGCGGUUCGUCGUCUUCUGCAACGGUGAGAGUGUGGAGGAAAAUGCCAACGUGGUGGUGAAGCUGCUCAUCAGACGUCCUGAGUGUUUCGGCCCCGCCCUGAGAGGAGAGGGGGGUCAGGGUCUGCUGGCUGCCAUGAAUGAGGCCAUCAAAAUCUCCGAGGAUCCUGCCUUGGACCUGCCCCCGACCCCCGCUAUCGUCAGUACUGGGUCUGGUGAGGAAGAAGGAGAAGUCAUCCACAUGGGCAACGCCAUCAUGUCCUUCUACUCGGCUCUUAUUGACCUGCUGGGACGCUGCGCUCCAGAGAUGCAUCUUAUCAAUGCGGGGAAAGGCGAGGCUCUGCGUAUCAGAGCCAUCCUGCGCUCUCUGGUUCCAACUACUGACCUGGUGGGAAUCAUCAGCAUCCCUCUCAAAAUGCCCGUGGUUAAUAAAGAUGGGACAGUGACAGAGCCGGACAUGUCGGCCUCUUUCUGCCCGGACCACAAGGCCCCCAUGGUUCUCUUCCUGGAACGUGUCUACGGCAUCGAGGACCAGAGCUUCCUGCUCCACAUGUUGGAGGUCGGCUUCCUGCCUGACCUGCGAGCCUCGGCGUCUCUCGACACGGAGGUGUUGAGCACCACCGAGACGGCGCUGGCCAUGAACAGGUACAUCGGCUCAGCCCUGCUGCCUCUGCUGACCCGCUGUGCCGCUCUGUUUGCUGGUACUGAGCACUACGCACAGCUGAUCGACUCCACGCUGCAGACCAUCUACCGGCUGUCCAAAGGCCGCUCACUCACAAAAGCCCAGAGGGACGCCAUCGAGGAGUGUCUGCUGGCCAUCUGCAAGCACCUGCGUCCCUCCAUGAUGCAGCAGCUGCUCAGACGGCUGGUGUUUGACGUUCCCAUGCUCACUGAAUACUGCAAGAUACCUAUCCGGCUGCUGACCAACCACUAUGAGCAGAACUGGAAGUACUACUGCCUGCCUUCUGGUAUGGGCAGCUUUGGCAUCGCCUCUGAGGAGGAGCUCCUCCUCACCAAGAAACUCUUCUGGGGAAUCUUCGACUCCCUUUCUAAUAAGAAGUAUGAUGCUGAACUUUUCAAAAUGGCCAUGUCAUGUCUGAGUGCCAUCGCUGGAGCUCUGCCUCCUGACUUCGUCGACGCCAGUCUUGGAGCAACACUGGAGAAACAGGCCUCUGUGGACGCACAGGGCAACUUUGAUCCCAAACCCACCAACACUGCCAAUAUCUCCCUUCCUGAAAAACUUGAGUACAUUGCCAACAAAUAUGCAGAGCAUUCCCAUGACAAGUGGUCCUCAGAGAAGGUGUCAGCAGGCUGGAAACAUGGAGACACAAUGGACGACCAGGCCAAAUCCCAUCCACUGCUGAAGCCUUAUAAAUCUCUGAGUGAGAAGGAGAGAGAAACGUACCGCUGGCCAGUGAAGGAGUCGUUGAAGAGCAUGCUGGCGAUGGGAUGGAACAUUGAGAGGACCAAGGAGGGAGAAGCCAUGUUCCAACAACGAGAGAGUGAAAAGCAAAAAAAAGAUUCUCAGGUGAAUGGAUUCAGUCCUGCUCCGAUGGACUUGCACAAUGUAACUCUGUCUAGAGAGUUACAGGGCAUGGUGGAGGUGGUUGCAGAGAAUUACCACAACAUCUGGGCCAAGAAGAAGAAAACUGAACUCGUUAGCAAAGGAGGAGGGACCCACCCGCUGCUGGUUCCCUAUGACACCCUGACAGCUAAAGAGAAGUACAGAGACCGAGAGAAGGCCCAGGAGCUCUUCAAGUUCCUGCAGAUCAGCGGCUAUGUCAUCACAAGAGGUCAGAAGGACAUCGAGCAGGAAUCAUCGUCCAUGGAGAAGCGUUUCUCCUACAAGUUCCUCAAGAGGCUGCUGAAGUACGUCGACUCUGCUCAGGAGUUCAUCGCUCAUCUUGAGGCCAUGGCCACCAGUGGGAAGACAGACAAAUCCCCUCACGACCAGGAAAUCAAGUUCUUUGCCAAGGUGCUGCUCCCUCUGGUGGAUCAAACUUUUAAGAACCACUGUCUCUACUUCCUUUCUACGCCCAGCAAGAACCUGAGCAUCUGUGGCUGUGCGUCCAACAAAGAGAAGGAGAUGGUCACCAGCCUGUUCUGUAAGCUGGCAGCUCUUGUCAGACACAGGAUUUCUCUCUUUGGUAGUGAUUCUGCAAUGAUGGUGAGCUGUCUGCACAUCCUCACAAACACACUGGACACCAGAACCGUGAUGAAGUCCGGCUCAGAGCUGGUCAAAGCCGGGGUUCGGACUUUCUUUGAGAACGCCGCGGAGGACCUGGAGAAGCUGCUGGAGAUGCUGAAGCUGGGGAAGUUCAUGCAGUCGCGUGCUCAGAUGAAGAGCGUCAGCCAGAGCAUCACCUAUGUGACCGUGGCUCUGCUGCCCAUCCUCACCGCCCUGUUUGAGCACAUCAGGAACUCUGAUUUUGGAGUUGAUCUACUGUUGAAUGAUGUGCAGCUCUCCUGCUAUCGAAUCCUCACCUGCUUCUACUCCCUGGGAACAGGAAAGAACGUCUUCGUGGAGAAGCAUCUUCCUGCACUGGGGGAGAGCCUGGCCAUCCUGGUGGCGGCCAUGCCUGUGGCGUUCCUGGAGCCCGAGUUCAACGCCUACAACCCGCUCUCUGUCUUCAACACUAAGACUCCCCGAGAAAGAGCGAUUCUCAGCAUGCCCGACACAGUGGAGGAGAUGUGUCCGGAGUUGCCGGAACUUCAAAAACUGCUGAAAGAUGUCAACGACGUGUCAGAGUCUGGUGCCCGCUACAGCGACAUGCCACAGGUCAUUGAGGUGGUCCUUCCCAUGCUGUGUAACUAUCUGUCCUACUGGUGGGAAAAAGGCCCCGAGAACUCGCCUUCAGAUGCCGACUGCUGCACCAUGGUGACCUCUGAACACCUCAGCAUCAUCCUCGGGAACAUCCUCAAGAUCCUCAACAACAACCUGGGCAUCGACGACGCCCCCUGGAUGAAGAGGAUUGCAGUCUACUCUCAGCCAAUCAUCUGCAAGGCCGGAGCAGAUCUGCUGAGGACCCACUUCCUCCCCACGCUGGACAAACUGAGGAAGAAGACGGUGAAGGUUGUGUCUGAAGAGGAGCUGCUGAAGGCGGACGGUAAAGGUGACAACCAGGAGGCCGAGCUGCUGAUCUUGGAUGAGUUCGCUGUGCUCUGCAGAGACCUCUACGCGUUCUACCCCAUGCUCAUCAAAUACGUGGACAACAACAGGUCCAGGUGGCUGAAGGAGCCGAACGCAGACUCCACUGAGCUCUUCAGGAUGGUGGCUGAGAUCUUCAUCCUCUGGUGCAAGUCCCACAACUUUAAGCGAGAGGAGCAGAACUUUGUGGUUCAGAAUGAGAUCAACAAUCUGGGCUUCCUGACCGGAGAGGGCCAGACGAAGAUGUCCAAGUCAGGAGGGGACCAGGAGAGGAAACACAAGCGUCGUCGAGGCGAGUAUUACUCCAUCCAGACCUCUCUGAUCGUAGCUGCCUUGAAGAAGAUGCUGCCCAUCGGCCUCAACAUGUGCACCCCGGGAGACCAGGAGCUCAUCUCCGUCGCCAAGAUCCGCUACAGUCUGAAAGACACAGAUGACGAGGUGAAGGACCACCUGAGACAGAACCUCCACCUCCAGGACAAGUCUGAAGACCCAGCGGUCCAGUGGCAGCUGAAUCUCUACAAGGACGUGGUGGUGAAGAGCGAGGAACCAGCCGACCCGGAACACACGGUGGAGCGAGUGCAGAGCAUCUCUGCUGCGGUCUUCCACCUGGAGCAGGUGGAGCAGCCUCUGAGAAAUAAGAAGUGUGUUCGGCACAAGCUGCUGUCCAAACAGCGUAAGCGUGCCGUGGUGGCUUGUUUCCGCAUGGCCCCGCUCUACAAUCUCCCCAGGCAUCGCGCUAUCAACUUCUUCAUCCCGGCCUAUCAGAGACUUUGGAUAGAGGCAGAGGAGUACUCCUUUGAGGAGAAGCUAGUUCAGGAUCUGGCAAAAACCCCGAUGAAGAUAGUGGAGGAGGAGGAGGAGGAGGUGGCUGAGAUCCAGCCGGACCCUCUCCACCAGCUGAUUCUCCACUUCAGCCACAAUGCCCUGACAGAGAGAAGUUACUUGGAAGAAGAUCCUUUGUAUAUUGCAUAUGCAGACAUGAUGGCAAAGAGCUGUGCAGAGGAUGAGGAGGAAGAGGAAGAAGGGAAAGAAAAGACGUUUGAGGAAAAAGAGAUGGAAAAGCAGAAGAUCCUGUAUCAGCAGGCGAGGCUGCACGCCCGUGGGGCGGCUGAGAUGGUGCUGCAGAUGAUCAGUGCCAGUAAAGGUCGUCUCGGCCCCAUGGUGACCUGCACCCUCAAACUGGGUAUCUCCAUCCUAAAUGGAGGCAAUGUGCAAGUUCAGCAGAAAAUGCUUGAUUACCUGCAGGAGAAAAAGGAUGCAGGUUUUUUCAAGAGUCUCUCGGGACUGAUGCAGUCAUGCAGUGUCCUGGACUUGAACGCAUUUGAGAGGCAGAACAAAGCAGAAGGACUUGGCAUGGUGACAGAGGAAGGUUCAAUCCACACAAAGCGGGGUUCCAAGGUGCUACAGAAUGAUGAGUUUACUAAAGAUCUAUUCCGGUUUUUGCAACUUCUGUGUGAGGGGCAUAAUGGAGAUUUCCAGAAUUUCCUGAGAACUCAAACUGGAAACACAACCACAGUGAACAUCAUUAUCAGCACUGUGGACUAUCUGCUCCGUCUUCAGGAAUCUAUCAGUGACUUCUACUGGUACUACUCUGGCAAAGACGUCAUCGACGAGACUGGAAAAGUCAACUUCUCCAAAGCUCUAGAUGUUGCAAAGCAGAUAUUCAACUCGCUGACUGAGUAUAUUCAGGGCCCGUGUAUUGGAAACCAGCAGAGUUUGGCUCACAGCAGACUGUGGGAUGCAGUCGUUGGCUUCUUGCAUGUAUUUGCCAACAUGCAAAUGAAGCUUUCACAGGAUGCUAGUCAGAUCGAGCUGUUGAAGGAGUUGAUGGAUUUACAGAAAGAUAUGGUUGUCAUGUUGCUGUCUCUACUGGAGGGUAAUGUGGUGAAUGGAAUGAUUGGAAAGCAGAUGGUCGACACUUUGGUGGAGUCUUCGAGCAACGUGGAGAUGAUCCUGAAGUUCUUCGACAUGUUCCUCAAACUGAAAGACCUGACCACCUCGGACAAUUUCAAAGAGUACGACCCCGAGUUCAAAGGCAUCAUCUCCAAAAAGGAGUUCCAGAAGUCGAUGGAGAGCCAGAAGCAGUACAGCCAGUCCGAGAUCGAGUUCCUGCUGUCGUGUGCAGAGGCCGACGAGAACGACAUGUUCAGCUACAAAGAGUUCGUGGAGCGAUUCCACGAGCCCGCCAAAGAUAUCGGCUUCAACGUAGCAGUGCUGUUGACCAACCUGUCGGAACACAUGCCGCACGACUCCAGACUGGCCACCUUCUUAGACCUGGCAGAGAGCGUGCUCAGCUACUUUGAGCCGUACCUGGGCCGCAUUGAAAUCAUGGGCAGCGCCAAGCGUAUCGAGCGGGUGUACUUCGAGAUCAGCGAGUCGAGCCGCGAGCAGUGGGAGAAGCCGCAGGUCAAAGAGUCCAAGCGGCAGUUCAUCUUCGACGUGGUCAACGAGGGCACGGAGAGCGAGAAGAUGGAGAUGUUCGUGAACUUCUGCGAGGACACCAUUUUUGAGAUGCAGCUGGCCUCGCAGAUCUCCGAGCCCGACGUGGUGGACCAACCCGAGGAGGAGGAGGAGGAGGAGGGGAAGAGCCUUCUCGACGAGCUGGGCGGAGACGAGGGCGCCGCGGAGUCCGCCUCGGCUUUCACCACCGCCUGCCGCUCCGUAAAGAAGAAGAUCAGCAAUGUCUUCGAGAUGUUCUCGAUUAAAAACAUGCGCAAGCAGUUCAAGAAAGUCAAGAAACUGAGCGUCAGGGAGAUCAUCACAGGCUUCUUCUCCUUCUUCUGGAUGCUCUUCACCGGCUUCUUCAAGGGAAUCUACGGCCUCAUAUUCGGGUUCUUCCACGUCAUCUGGUCCACCAUGUUUGGCGGCGGCCUUGUUGAGGGAGCCAAGAACAUCAAGGUCACAGACAUCCUGGGACACAUGCCGGAACCUACUCAGUUUGGUAUCCACGGCGAUGCAGUUGAAGGAGAGAAAAUGGAAGCCAUAGAGUUGUCGGGAAGCUCAGAUUCACCAGCACCGGCUGGAGAAAUGGCAGAGGUGGACAUGUUGGACAUGCUGACGGCGCCCAAGAGGGAAGGAGGAGGGAAACAUGUGGAGCCCGGCCUGGGUGACGUUUCUGAGCUGAGUGCUGAGAGCUCCUCUGCUGACACCAAGAAGAAAGCUGCCACCAAGACUGUUGAGACCCCAGAGAGCGAGAAAGAGAAAUCAGACACGGAGAAAAAGGAGAAGGAGGAUAAGCCGAAGGAGGAGCAGGAGGAGGCGGCAAAGGAGACGGUGGCAGAGGAGAAGGCCAAGCCUAAAUCCAGUCAGCCUAAAGAGAUGGCGCCGACCUUCAUGUCGAGCGUCUUUGCUCUGCUGGACGUCAUUUUGAACAAGAUGCUGAACUCCUUGACUCGUAACUUCUACAACCUUCGUUUCCUGGCUCUGUUUGUGUGUUUCGCCAUCAACUUCAUUCUUCUCUUCUACAAGGUCACUGGUGAGACUGAGGAAGAAAGCGAUGAUGCGAACAGCUGGGUCAGUGAGGAGGAGGAGGAUGACGAGAACACGCUCUUCGACAUGGAUGAGUUUGUGCUGCACGAGAGCUCGGGCUACAUGUUACCCACUCUGCGCUUCCUGGCUAAAUUCCACACCGUCAUAUCACUGCUCUGUUGGGUCGGGUACUACUAUCUGAAGGUUCCUUUGGUGGUGUUCAAGAGGGAGAAGGAGAUUGCCAGGAAACUUGAGUUUGACGGUCUCUACAUCACCGAACAGCCUUCAGACGAAGACAUCAAGGGCCAGUGGGAUCGACUCGUCAUCAACACGCCGUCUUUCCCCAGCAACUACUGGGACAAGUUUAUCAAGCGCAAGGUGAUCAACAAAUACGGCGACAUGUACGGAGCUGAACGCAUCGCUGAGCUCUUAGGGCUGGAUAAGAGCGCUCUGGACUUUGACCCGACAGUGGAGACUGUGGAGAAGGAAGCGUCUCUGCUCUCCUGGCUGAGCUCCAUUGACACAAAGUACCACAUCUGGAAGCUGGGAGUGGUUCUGACUGACAAUUACUUCCUGUAUCUGAUCUGGUACACCACCAUGUCCGUUUGCGGACACUUUAACAACUUCUUCUUCGCCGCUCAUCUUCUGGACAUCGCCAUGGGCUUCAAGACUCUUCGCACCAUCCUGUCUUCUGUCACUCACAACGGCAAGCAGCUCGUGUUGACAGUGGGUCUGCUGGCCGUGGUCGUCUAUCUCUACACUGUGGUGGCCUUCAACUUCUUCAGGAAGUUCUACAACAAGAGCGAAGAUGAAGAUGAGCCCGACAUGAAGUGUGACGAUAUGAUGACGUGCUACCUGUUCCACAUGUACGUGGGCGUGAGAGCUGGAGGAGGCAUCGGAGACGAGUUGGAGGACCCGGCUGGAGACCCCUACGAGCUCUACCGCAUCCUGUUCGACAUCACCUUCUUCUUCUUUGUCAUUGUCAUCCUGCUGGCCAUCAUUCAGGGUUUGAUCAUCGAUGCCUUUGGGGAGCUGAGAGACCAACAGGAGCAGGUCAAAGAGGACAUGGAGACCAAAUGCUUCAUCUGCGGCAUCGGGAACGACUACUUUGACCGAACGCCUCAUGGGUUUGAAACCCACACCUUACAAGAGCACAACCUUGCAAACUACCUGUUCUUCCUCAUGUACCUGAUUAACAAGGAUGAGACUGAACACACGGGUCAGGAGUCGUAUGUGUGGAAGAUGUACCAGGAGAGAUGCUGGGACUUCUACCCCACUGGAGACUGCUUCCGUAAGCAAUACGAGGACCAGUUGGGUUAAAGAGGUCAGCCUCGCUCCAGUGCUCCUCUCUCACCUUUCCUUCUACCUGAAAGAGACACUGAACUUGACUUCACCCUGUUAACACAACCUGAACACUUGCUGGACUUUCUCUGCUGCCAUGGUGUCAAAAAACAA